UACCUCUCCAAAGCCUGGAGAUCGACGCAGGCUUUUUCCAAGCUUGUUGAACGAGUGCAUAUGCUUCCUCUUUGUUGACUGAUGGUAUGGAAAGUUCCAUAAUUGCACUGUGAAGCUUUGGAAUAAAGAAAAUUUUGCCACCUAAGGUAGGGUAUAAGAAUGUUUUUGACAUUUUUGGCUCCAUAAAGUGUUCAAUGAAAGGGAUUAGACCGAGAAAAUCAUCGUUCUCCUGAUUUAGUUUUAGGAUUAAAGCGAAUAAGCAUCAUACAGCAGCACCGAGAAACAUGCAGGAGAAUCCCCGCCACAUGUGGGAAUCAUAGCCAAAAGUUUGCCAAAAAAAAAAAGAGAACAUGGCUUUUGCUUAUAGUUGCACUAAGUACAGAGUGAAAAAUUAUUAUAUUGAAAACAUUGAAAUAAACAUCCCGGGAAAAAAUUAAACAGAUUUGUCAGGGGAAUGGUGUGAUCGGCAAUAACAAUAGUUUGUAAAUGGUUGCUUUUGCAUUCAGUGGAGACCUGAAAAUAAAGAAAGAUAACAAGCCAAGCAUUUCUGUCUGUAUGUAUCUUGUAUGCCGAUUUUGGAAUUGCAGGGAGGAUGCAAAAUAAUGCUAUGAUAUGAGCAUGCAAUGAUGCACCCACAUUGUGAUUUGGAGGUGAAUGUCAACGGAGAGCAGACGUUUUUGCUAGACAAGAAAACAUUGCUUUCCUUCUGUGGGAGACUGAUAAAAUUGUUCAACAGAGCAGUGCCAGGGCAGGGGCAGAAACCCAAAUCGUAUAAAAUAGUGCUCCAUGAUUUACCGGGGGGACCAGUGGCAUUUGAGCUGGUUGCCAGGUUCUGCUACAAAGUAGAAGGUGCCAUUAACAUAAAUCCUAGCAAUAUAUGCAAGCUCCGAUGUGCUGCAGAAUUCCUGGAAAUGACAGAAGAAAUCCGUGAAAGAAAUCUGGUGGAAUUGACUCAGAAUUAUCUGAAGCUGUUGCCUCUUUGGACUUGGCGGGAAGUGUUUACAGUGUUGAAAGACUGUGAAUCCAUGGUGCCCAUUGCAGAUUCUACUGGAAUUAUACAGAGGUGCAUUUAUGUUUUGGUGGGAAAGAUAAAUGUGAAAACAAAUGUGGUUUCCUUUGGUGCGAGCUUGAGUCCUGUGGACUCAUCUUCUUCUUCUCCGGAGAGCAGUACUGUGAGGUAUUCCACAGCGUCCAGCUGCGAGGCAACCAAAACUGGGUGGUGGUUUGAUGAUCUUGGGUCUCUGAGUAUUUAUUUGAUGGAGAGAGUUGUGAAGAGUAUGAUUGAAGAGGGAGUCGACAAUUGGGUUUUGAGUAGGUUUUUGUUUCAUUAUCUGAGAUCCUCAUUGCCCAUGUUGGGAUACAGUUCCAUAUCUCCCAAGAAGAAAUGUGGGAGAGAGGAGAAGAUUAUGUAUCAGUACACACAAAAGGUUCAAAAGGAGGUCUUUGAGACUGUAGUUGGGUUGCUGCACCGUUUGCACAGGGAAGCAGUCUCGUGUAGAAGUCUGUUUGGAGUUUUGAGGGUUGCGACUGUGUUGAAUGCAUCUAAGCUGUGCAGGAAGCAGCUUGAAGACAUGAUUGGGGCACAGCUUGAUCAAGCCACAUUGGAUAAUAUACUUAUUCCUGCCGCGAACCAGGGGAAUGCGGGAUCACUUUAUGAUGUGGAUCAGGUCCUUAGGUUUGUGCAAGUUUUUGUUAGGGACCGGCACAUUAGUCCUGACAUUCCUGGAUCUUCUCCAUCCUUUGAAGGGGUCAGCACUACAGACAUACCUUACGGUGCUUCUUGCUGCCAGCAGAGUGGGGUUCAGAAGGUAAAAUGUUUGAUGGACAAGUAUAUUGCAGAAGUGGCUCCUGAUAUAAAUCUCAAGCCCUCCAAGUUCCAGGCUCUCUUGGAAGCUUUCCCCGACCAUGCAAGAGACUGUUGUGAUGGGCUUUACAGAGCCUUGGACAUGUACCUUGAGGUACAUUCGACAUUAUCUGAAGAAGAAAGAACGAAACUUUGCAAUACAAUCAAUUACCAAAAGCUUUCUUUUGAAGCAAGUAAUCUCAUUGCUCAAAAUCCCCGACUUCCAUCAAGAAUAGCAGUACAGGUCCUCCUUUAUCAACAAGCCAAGCUCAGAAGCAUGCUUGAUAGCCACUACACAAAAGGCUCAGUCUCCUCUCAUUUCAGUGAUGACGGGAGGAUGUAUAUUCCUCAGGAAGAAGUUGUUAGUGACACUGAUCAUGCCAUUUUGUACUCUAAACAAGUAGAUUACACUUCUGUCAUUUGUGAAGAAAAUCUAGGUCUCAAGGCAGACCUACAGGGGAUGCAAUGGAGGGUCAAGGAGUUGGAGAAAAUUUGCAAUAAGUUGCAUUCUCAAAUGUCUAAACUUGGUAAACUGAAGCCCAAAAGUAGCCAUGGAAGAUUACCGAGGCUUUGCCAGUAAAAGAAAGACAUUUUUAAUUUCAACAUAAUUUAAUGGAUCGUGUACCAUAUAAUGUGUAGACUGUAGAAGACCAUUAAAUUGUAUGAAUAGGUUUCUGAUGUAUUGGGUCGUGCCCAAUGAGUCAAUCCUUGGAUAUGCAAGAAAAACUCAUCCAGGCAUGGGUGUUCAAGGUUAGCAUAUGGCUUAACUAGUUAGCAAAAUCUUUGAUCCUGCUACCGAAAACUAUAUAUGGGAAAGGAUUGCAACAAGUGAGAGUUGCCUCUGGACUGUUUUGUAAUAGGGUCAGAAUCCUGAUUUUGCUGCUUAUAAUAUCAAAAACAAAUGAGCACUUCUAGCACAUCUACAUUUCGAAGAACAAUGAGAAAAGAGAGAAGGAUGAGAACCAUUUCAGCGGGAAAAGAGAACAGAUGUUUGAAAAGACUGAAAAGCCAGCUAGUCGGCCAUGCAAGGGCUUUAAAGGCCUGAUCAAGUUUGUUAGGAUCAUUGCAGCACAGUCCAGACGACUUACAAUUAAAUCAUUAUGUCUGUUACAGGAAAGAUCUAAAGAGCUCCAGUGAGGUCUUGGGGUGCACAAGCUUGAAGUAACAAGUUCCAAAGUUCUUCUGAAUAAAAAUCUCUGUUUAAUUAAAUGUAUAAAUUUUUAAUUUGAUAUGAUAAAUUGUCUUGAUGGUUUUGGAUUUGACUAUGUGAUCAAUUAUUUUCAUCAACAUUUCGGAUCAUAUGAUGGAACAAGAUCCGAAACAUUGAUGAAAAAAUCAACCACACGAUCAAAUCUAGAAGCUAUUAAGACAAUCUAUGCAUUUUAUUGGAAAGAGCAGUGGUAAAAGUCCUCGGACAUCCUUCCCCAAAAAAUUAAAAAAUCUUCCUUGGAACAGCUUCUGCCUUCAAAGAAAUCAUCUGACAUGUCAAACCUUAGUUUAUAUGGUUUUCUCCAAUAUAAAACAACUAAAUGAUUUUGAAGUCAA